AUGGCUAAAGCAAACGCAGUUGGUAUCGAUCUCGGUACUACGUACUCAUGUGUUGGAGUUUUUAUGCAUGGAAAAGUCGAAAUCAUCGCCAAUGAUCAAGGUGAUAUUCUUUCUUAUUUGAAUACAUUUUUCAUGAGAAAUUCAACAUGUUUGAAAAACAGUCCAUGAAUCCUCUUCUGUUCGAGAAAAUGUCGUUUUUGGUGUUUUUCUCAUAAAAUUGAGGAAAAAUUAGUUGAGACAACCCUACUGGACUGUUUUUACGGUUCUGUUUCUAAAAACUCAUCACAAUCUUGCAGGUAACCGAACAACUCCGUCAUACGUCGCGUUCACCGACACUGAGCGUUUGAUCGGAGAUGCCGCUAAAAACCAGGUCGCCAUGAACCCUCACAACACCGUUUUUGGUAAGUUAUUGUAUUUCCUUCAAUUUUAAACUUAAUUAUUGUUUCUUCAAUACAUUAUUUACAGAUGCUAAACGUCUGAUUGGACGUCGUUUUGACGACCCCGCCGUUCAGGCUGAUAUGAAGCACUGGCCCUUCAAAGUCAUCUCGGCCGAAGAAGGAAAACCCCGAGUUCAAGUCGACUACAAAGGCGAGGCCAAAGUCUUCACCCCUGAGGAAAUCUCAUCCAUGGUCCUCAUCAAGAUGAAGGAAACUGCUGAGGCGUUUUUGGGAAGCACUGUUAAGGUGAUCGCGUUUCGAUUAUACUCUCUCUCAGAUAGAAAUGUAAAUAAUUUAGAUUUUAUGAAUUGACGUCUUUUGACAUAGUUUUUUUACUUAAAAAAUGUCACCAAAGCAUUACGAAAUUUGAAUUGGAAAAUUCGAAAAAUAGCAUAUUCAUAUCAGUACAUGAACUUUUAUUGAUCGCCGUAUGAAAUUCAUGAUGUUUUCCAAUCUGCGUGUUAGUUCUUACACUUGAAACACGAUCGAUUGCACCAUCAACAAUUUUUCUUAAAAUUCAAAGGAAAUUUGUAGGAUGCCGUCGUCACCGUCCCUGCCUACUUCAAUGACUCGCAGCGCCAGGCUACUAAGGACGCCGGAGCCAUUGCAGGCUUGAACGUCCUUCGUAUCAUUAACGAGCCCACCGCUGCCGCCAUUGCUUACGGCUUGGACAAGAAAGGACACGGCGAACGCAACGUCCUCAUCUUCGAUCUUGGAGGCGGUACCUUCGAUGUUUCCAUCUUGACCAUCGAGGAUGGAAUCUUCGAAGUCAAGUCCACUGCUGGUGACACUCAUCUUGGUGGUGAAGACUUCGACAACCGCAUGGUCAACCACUUUGUCGCCGAGUUCAAGCGCAAGCACAAGAAAGACCUGGCCUCGAACCCUCGUGCUCUUCGUCGUCUCCGCACCGCUUGCGAACGCGCCAAGAGAACGCUUUCUUCCUCUUCGCAGGCUUCGAUUGAAAUCGACUCCCUCUUCGAAGGAAUCGACUUCUACACUAACAUCACUCGCGCCCGCUUCGAGGAGCUUUGCGCUGACCUUUUCCGUUCCACCAUGGACCCUGUUGAGAAGGCUCUCCGUGAUGCCAAGAUGGACAAGAGCCGCGUAAGAAGUUCAAAUUAUUGACUUGAAUAAAGUUUAAUCUUUAGGUUCACGACAUCGUUCUUGUCGGAGGUUCCACCCGUAUCCCGAAGGUCCAAAAACUGCUUUCGGAUCUAUUCUCCGGAAAGGAACUCAACAAGUCCAUCAACCCCGAUGAGGCUGUCGCCUACGGAGCUGCCGUUCAGGUAUUAAAAAUCUUUCUUCUUGCCAUCCAUGCUAUAAAAAAAUACUUGAAAAUUGAACUUCAGGCUGCCAUUCUCUCCGGAGACAAGUCUGAAGCUGUGCAAGACCUCCUUCUUCUCGACGUUGCUCCUUUGUCGCUCGGUAUCGAGACGGCUGGAGGUGUCAUGACGGCGCUCAUCAAGCGUAACACCACCAUUCCUACGAAGACUGCUCAGACCUUUACCACCUACUCGGACAACCAGCCUGGCGUGUUGAUCCAGGUCUACGAAGGUGAACGCGCCAUGACCAAGGACAACAACCUUCUCGGAAAGUUCGAACUUUCUGGAAUUCCACCAGCUCCUCGAGGAGUUCCUCAAAUUGAGGUUAAAAAAUUCAUAUUACUUUGUUAUAAGUUCUAUUCUUCUAAAGGUCACCUUCGACAUUGAUGCCAACGGUAUCUUGAACGUCUCUGCUCAAGACAAGUCGACCGGAAAGCAAAACAAGAUCACCAUCACCAACGACAAGGGACGUCUUUCAAAGGUAUUUGAUUUUUGACUUUUGAUUCAAAGUUUUAUCAUUUUAUAGGAUGAUAUCGAGAGAAUGGUCAACGAAGCAGAGAAGUACAAGGCUGAUGAUGAGAAACAAAAGGAGCGCAUCGGUUCAAAGAAUUCUUUGGAGAGCUACGCGUUCAACAUGAAGCAGACGCUUGAAGACGAAAAGGUAGUUUUUGAAGUUUAAUCGUGAUAUUACUCAUUUUGAUCUCUUACAGCUCAAGGACAAGAUCUCCGCUGACGACCGAAAGAAGAUCGAAGAUAAAUGCGAAGAAGUUAUCAGGUGGCUGGACAGCAAUCAGACGGCCGAAAAGGACGAAUUCGAGCAUCAGCAAAAGGAGCUCGAAUCCGUCUGCAAUCCCAUCAUCACCAAGCUGUACCAAGAAGCCGGAGGCGCUCCCGGUGGUGCUCCUGGUGGCGCCGCACCUGGAGCCGGUGGUGCUGGUGGUCCAACCAUCGAAGAAGUCGACUAA